AUGUGUUGUCCUGUGACCAGUUCACUGCAAAUCGAAUUUUACCAUUCUCACCAAAUCUCAUCUGAUUCUCACAAGAAAAGAAAGGAAACAAAGAAAGAAAGAAAGAAAGAAAGAAAGAACGAGAAAGGACGAAUACCAAGUGGAAUGGACACUACUCAUCAAUCUCAAACUACUGAUACCCAUCAACCUUUUGAUCUCAGAAAUGCACUCAAUCAAUUCUUACAUCAUAUUGGAAUCUUGCCACUUUCUAAAGCGGCUUCACCCAAUACUUCAAACUCUGAACAUCUGGGUACAAUCAUAGAAUUCAGAUUCAAUAAUCACUUGACUUCAAAUGAUAUUCAACUAUUACUUGCAUUUCUUGACAUUCAUCUCUUCGAUCAACAUCAUAUCUCAAAUAAUCAACUUACAACUUCGAAUCUUUGCAAUUUACUAAGUCGAUUGGCACUCAUUCAACCCUUUACUGAACCCAUCGCUAGAUUCUUUGGUCCUAUCUUGCCUGAACUCGUCUCUCGAUGGAUACUUGAAUUAGGAUAUUCAUCUCAAGGAUUUUAUGAUCAAGCAACGUGCGAUUUUUGGUCGCAUUUCACCCAUUUAGGACCGAUUGUACCUGAUGUAGAAGGUGAAAAACGAAAAGAGUUCUUAAGACUCGUAUUUUCAGCUUUUGUAACUUGUUUACAUAUUCAUCCUUCACUUUUUCACUUUGGGAUUCUGAUUUUACGACAUCCAGCAUUUGCUACUGACCCUUUCAACAUCUUACCAGCUUCGGUUCUUGUGGUCCCACUUGGUCACAAUCGCAACAAUCUACCAACAACUCAUCCCCUAUUCCAUGAUCCAUGCGUCACAUCUCUACUCUUGUCCCUUCAUCGACUUCUGGCGCUUGCACCCCAUCUUCCCUUUCCUGGAUUGAUCAAAAACGGAUGGCUUCUGCCCGAUGUAUUAUCAUGUCUGAUGCAACAUCAUCCGCGUCAAGGAAUUCGAUAUCUUGCUUGGCGAUGUUGGAGGUAUUGGCAGGGUGACGCUGGAUUUGCUCAGUUUGGAAUUGAGAUCAGGAAUCGAUAUGUUUGGAAUCCAGAGAUCGAUCAAUCAACGAGUUUGAUCGAAUCCAAUAUGAUAUCACCUUGGCCAUCUAAAUUAAUAAACCAACCAUCUGAUACCAACUUGAAUCAUGUAGAUAGACUACCAGAAGAAUUGAUUGAAUACGAUGAACAAUUAACUUCUAAAUGGGACUUUCGUCUCUCAUCUAAUCCUCAAAGCUCAACCAUAUCUUAUCAGACUGUCAGAAGAGCCAUUGAUGUUUGGGUCUUACCCAUGCAUGAAGACUGGUGUCGAUCCCAAAGUCCGAAACCCUCAUCAUUAUUGGCUUCCAAUACCACUUCACGACCUUUGUUCAUGUCUCCUGGCGAUCUAAGUCCCUUGGUCAAUGACGUUGACGGUCUGAUCAUCCUCCGCUUUGGCUCAUUACCAGCCCCGAAAGUUUCAAAGUCUCAACCCAAACGAAUCUGCGAUAAUAAUGAGAUCAGCGUUCCGAAGGCCCUUCUAUACGCUCCCCUCUUUGUGCCUACCUCAUCGUCACGCGCUGCUAUUCGCUCACUUGCCCGUUCGAUUGAGCAAAGACUUCCAGUUCUUUUGUCCGGACCACCCUCUUCAGGAAAAACGACCAUAAUUGAAGAGGUUGUUAAUCUAUUUUGGUCAUCAGCAUCAUCAUCAUCGGACCAGACUUUCACGCGUCAUCAGGCAAAUGUUGUUAUCCUCAACUUGGCUUCACGUACACUCGAUGCCAAGAGUUUGAUUGGUAGUCAUGUAAGCUCAACUGAAGAUGCGGGGAAAUUUGUGUUUGUCGAAGGCCCUCUCACACGUGCUAUGCGAGAAGGAAAAUGGCUGGUUUGUCGAGAUAUAGAUCGGGCUUCUGAUGAUAUUCUGGCGGUCAUUAACCAAGUCGCUGACCUUAUCCGUCAUCGAGUUCAAUAUGAAGUUGGAGGAGGAAUUGGAGGUCAUGGAUGUGAGCAUGGAGUAGGAAUGGAUUUGGGUUCACAAAUCGGAUGGGUAUCUGCCAGUGAAAGAUUUGCUUUAAUAGCUACUCGAACUACUACUGCUGACGAUCAAACCUCGAAGAGUUUUAUUGGUGAAGGGUAUUGGAAUAAAGUUGAAUUACCAAAUUUGAAUCAUCAAGAUGUUGUGGAGAUUUUAAAAGGGAUUCAUCCUUCCAUGUCGACUGAUGUACGAGAUUGCUUAGUGAGCGCUUGGAUGGAAGUCUCAACUAUGCGAUCGGCAAAUGAUUCUCGGCGAAUGAGAACUUCAUUGAGAGAAUUGAUGAGAUGGGCUCGAAGAGUAGAAACGCUUAUACCCAAAAAUCAAGUCUUACAAUCAGUAUCCCCAAAUCCAAUCAUUCAAGAAUCUAUCUUCCUUGAAGCAGUUGAUAUCUUUUUAGCUUCGUCUGAUAAACUUAUGUCAGAAUCCGAAACAUCAAAAACUCAGGAUCUCUCAAUCGCACUUUGUUUAGGUUCUCAUUUAUCUUUAAAUGAAGAGCGAAUUAAAUACUGUUUAUACCAAAGAACUCCAGAUCUUAUACCCCCACUCAAAAAAUCUUCAAAAGAUAAGAAGAACGCUUCACUUCAAAUCGGAAGAAUCAGAAUACCUAUCACUCAAUCAAUUGGUCCAGCAAUUCCAUAUUCAAGACCGUUCGCGUUGACUAAAUCUUCAUUAGUGUUACUUGAAAGAUUGGCCAAUUGUAUCAAAUCUUCUGAACCGAUUCUUUUGGUGGGUGAGACUGGUACUGGUAAGACUUCGAUUAUUAGUUUCUUGGCUAAGUCGGUUGGUAAGUCUUUGGUAUCACUCAACUUGAGUAAUCAAAGUGAAGCGAGUGAUUUAUUGGGAGGUUUUAAGCCUCUUGAUUUGAAUGAGGAUGCAAAGUUGACUGCAAAUUCAUUGAUUGACGAAUUUACUCAAGUUUUUGGUGACCAAUUCAAACUUUCACGGAACCAAGAAUUUAUUAUGGGAAUGCGAAAGUCAUUGGUCAAAAAGAAAUGGUCACGUUUAGUCACGAUGUUGAAAGAAGCGGUUCGUGCAAUGGUCGAACGAGCGCAAAAGCAAGCUCCUAAGACGAUCAUGGAUCCAGAAUCAAUUGAAUCACCUAACAAGCGUCGAAAGGUUUCGACCAUUGAAGAUCUACAAGUUGAAUGGCAAACGUUUUUUGGUAAACUUGAAGAAUUCGAAGAUCGGUUUGUUAGAAGUUCAUCUUCAAAUCAAGUACGAUUUAAGUUUGUAGAAGGACCACUUGUUCAAGCUAUGCAACGAGGUGAUUGGGUACUUUUAGAUGAAAUCAAUCUUGGAACAGGUGAAACAUUAGAAUCCUUGGGUACCUUAUUACAACAUAAUAAUUCUUCGAUCGUUCUAAGUGAAAGAGGUGAUUUGGAGCCUAUCAAAAGGGAUCCAGACUUUAGAUUGUUUAGCUGUAUGAACCCUGCGACUGAUGUUGGUAAACGAGAUUUACCUGCUAACCUACGAUGUAAAUUCACCGAGUUCUAUGUUCAGCCACCUGACAACGAUCGAGAUGCACUCUUGAACAUCGUCUCUCAAUACCUGACCGGCUUAUACGUGUCUGACAAACGCGUAGUCACCGAUGUGGCUGACUGUUAUUCCACGAUUCGAACAAUGUCACAAACGGGUCAACUAGCUGACGGGACAAAUUCACCGCCUCAUUACUCUAUGCGAACACUUUCAAGAGCAUUGACCUUUGCAGUAGAUAUCUCGGAUUCAUUCAGCUUAAGAAGAGCUCUGGUAGAAGGUUUUUUGAUGUCAUUCGUCACUACUCUCGAUUCUGGAUCGGCCACUAAAGCGAUCAAUGUGAUCCACCAAUACUUUGUUAAGACGGCUAAGAAUCCAAAAGCUUUGAUGAACCAAGCUUCAAAGAAACCUAAUUCACCAUCAGAAGACUUCAUUCAAGUUGGACCUUUUUGGUUGAAGAAAGGUACUCGGGCUGAACAAGGUGAUCAGAAACACUCUUAUGUACUCACAGAUUCAGUCAAGACCAAGAUGAUCGAUCUCGCUCGAGCUGUUAGUACUGGUCGUUAUCCCGUCCUGAUCCAAGGACCUACGUCAAGUGGUAAAACAAGUAUAGUAGAGUAUUUAGCAGAACGGACUGGUCAUACGUUUGUACGAAUCAAUAACCAUGAACACACCGACAUUCAGGAAUACAUUGGAAGUUAUGCCACUGAUCCAGAAACAGGACAAUUAUGCUUUAAAGAAGGAGCAUUGGUUAGAGCGCUUCGAAAUGGUGAAUGGGUAGUAUUAGAUGAACUUAAUUUAGCACCAUCCGAUGUAUUAGAAGCCUUAAAUCGAUUAUUAGAUGAUAAUCGAGAAUUAUUGAUACCUGAAACUCAAGAAGUCGUUAGACCUCAUCCUCAUUUCAUGCUCUUUGCAACUCAAAACCCACCAGGACUCUAUGGUGGUAGAAAAGUACUUUCAAGAGCUUUUAGAAAUCGAUUUUUAGAAUUACAUUUUGAUGAAGUCCCUAGAGAUGAAUUAGAAAUCAUUUUAUGUGAAAGAUGUCAAAUCGCUCCUAGUUAUUCUAAAAAGAUUGUAGAAGUUUUUACUGAAUUGCAACGUAGAAGACAAACUGAUCGAAUCUUUGAACAAAAACAUAGUUUUGUGACUUUAAGAGAUUUAUUUAGAUGGGGUGAACGUGGUGCGGUUGGAUAUCAAUCUUUAGCAGAAGAUGGUUAUAUGCUUUUGGCUGAACGAUCAAGAGUUAUGGAAGAGAAGAUUGUGGUAAGAGAAGUAUUAGAAGAAGUGAUGAAAGUGAAGAUUGAUGCGGUUCGAUUGUAUGAAGAUGUUCAACUACCUAGCUCAUUAGUUUCAACAAAAGCCAGUAAAAGAUUAUUUAAGUUAUUAUCAAGAGCAUUGGAAUUCCAUGAACCGGUGGUUUUAGUUGGCGAAGCAGGAUCAGGGAAAACAUCAGUCUGUGAAGCAUUUAGUGAAACUCGAAAUCAAAUCUUGAGAUGUAUUAACUUACAUCGUAAUUCUGAAGUUGGAGACCUUUUAGGUAGUCAAAGACCGGUUAGAAAUCGAGCAGGCGAAUUAAGAUCUGUUAUGGAACAAUUCAAUUCAUUAAUAGUCAAUUUUGGAAUCGAUUCUGCUCCAUUUAUGGAUCUUGAAGCUCAUCAAGUGAUUGAAUGGAUUGAAGGUUUUAUUCAAGAACGUAAGAAAGAAAACCAACUUGACUCAGUCCAACAACUUGAAUCAGUCUUGAAGCUUUUAAGACAAUCUCUGGCAUUAUUCACAUGGAAGGAUGGACCGUUGGUACAAGCUAUGCGAGAGGGAGAUCCAGUCCUAUUAGAUGAAAUCUCUUUAGCAGACGAUUCUGUACUAGAAAGGCUUAACAGUUUAUUGGAGCCUAGUCGAUCAAUUGUCUUGGCAGAAUGUGGUGGUGCGACGAUUGAGGAAAUGCAGAUCAAAGCUCAUCCUUCUUUUGAGAUUAUGGCCACGAUGAAUCCAGGUGGCGAUUUCGGUAAACGUGAACUUUCGCCUGCACUUCGAAAUCGGUUUACGGAGAUUUGGGUUCCUCUUGUCUCUGAACCCGCCGAUCGGAUUGCUAUCUUUGCAAGUAGAUUAUCAACUUCAAAAUCAACUUCAGAUCGACUCCCUUCUGAUUCAGAAUGCCUAACAUGGGCUGAGCGCAUUGUCGGUUUCUCGAACUUUUUUUCACAAUCACCAGCUUCGGUUCCAUUGGCUUCUCGUGAACUUAGUUUGAGAGACGGAUUAUCAUGGUGUGAUUUCAUCAAGUCAUGCUCUACACUUCCAAUUCCAAUCGCAUUUGUUCAUGCUGCUCAAAUGACUGUGCUUGAUCGACUGGGUACGGCUGGAUUUGGUCAGGAUUUGGCUCCAUCAGUUAUUCAACAAUUACGUCAAGCUUGUUUCAUUGAACUUCAUCAACUUGCUGGUCUCCCUCCUCCUAUCGAUCAAGGCCCGGUGGAAGUGCUUGAGACGGAAGUUGGGUUACAAAUCGGUCAAUUUGCGCUAUUGAAAGCUGUCUCGACAUCGACUCCUCAACUUUCAAAUCAUCGUUACUCAUUUUCGGCACCUACCGUGGCUCAAAACACUUUGCGUAUCGUACGAGCUCUCCAAGUUCCGAAAUCGAUUUUACUUGAAGGUAGUCCUGGGGUAGGUAAGACGAGUAUGGUAGAAGCAUUAGCGAAGAUGACAGGUCGACGCUUAAGGCGAAUCAAUCUUUCAGAUCAAACGGAUUUAUUGGACUUAUUUGGAUCAGACGUACCAGUGGAAGGUGGUAAGGCAGGAGAGUUCGCAUGGAAGGAUGCAGCAUUUCUUGACGCACUUCAGAGAGGUGAUUGGGUGUUGUUAGAUGAAAUGAAUUUAGCUCCUCAGACAGUCUUGGAAGGUUUGAACGCGUGUCUAGAUCAUAGAGGGACGGUUUAUGUUCCUGAACUGGAUCGAACAUUUGUUCGACAUCCUGACUUUAGAGUCUUUGCGGCCCAGAACCCACAUCAUCAAGGUGGUUCACGUAAAGGAUUACCUCGAUCUUUGGUCGACCGAUUCACAGUUGUUUUUAUGAAAGAGCUGGAUAAAGAUGAUUUAUUUACAGUUUGUAGUGAAAUGGCACCUGGGUUUAGUAGUGAUCAAAUCCUUCAAAUGGUUAAUUUCAACGAUAGGAUCACACAAGAAGUCAACAAGCCAAAUCUUUUUGGCUCUUCUGGCUCACCUUGGGAAUUCAAUUUGAGAGAUAUCGGAAGAUGGUUGCAAGUCACCACGAGGCCGAGUGAGCUUGAUCGAUCUCCAAAUUCACCACUCGAACAUUUGGAUAUGAUCUAUACUGGUCGUUUUAGAAAUCCAUCAGAUCAUCUGGUUUGUCAGAACAUCCGUGCCGAGUUCUUCACCGCCGCCUCUACCACAAGCGACCGACAAGAUGUGGUCGAACUAUCUACUGAUUUCAUCAUCGGACAUAGUCGCUUACCAAAGUCUGGAACACCACAACUCACUCCAUCCGUACCUUCACCAACUCAUCUACCUACAUCACUCAGAAGACCAGCAGAAUCCUUGAUGAGAUGUUUAGAACUCAAUUGGUUACCAAUCCUUACUGGACCAGAACAAUCAGGAAAAUCUUCACUUGUGAAAUAUCUUGCAGGACGAAGUGGUGCUCGUAUCCGAACUAUUUCAAUGCAUUCAGGUUCUGAUACUUCUGAUCUGUUCGGUGGAUUUGAACAAAGCAAUGUUCAUCGGAAUGUCCUCGUCGUUUUGGAUACUAUCGUCAACGCAAUUCAAUCAAGCUUACAAAGUCAACUUGAUCUCACCUUUCCUAUCGCAUCGGUCUUUGGAGCAAGUUUGAUGGACUUACGCACGCUUAGAGAAGUUGUUUCUUCAAUGGCCCCUGAAGCUGCGGCUGAUCAGAUGUUGAAAAUAUUGAGCCGUUUACCUACAGGAAUAGAGAUUGAUAUAUCAUCGAUGAUAUCCACUGUUCGAAACUUACAAACUAGACCAGCAACCUGUAGAUUUGAAUGGAUUGACGGUCCAUUAGUGACAGCGAUGAAACAAGGUGAUUGGCUAGUGAUUGAGAACUCAAACUUAUGUAGUGCAUCUGUACUUGAUCGUCUUAAUCCGCUUUUCGAAGGCAAUUGUCAACUUCAAUUGACUGAACGUGGAAUGCAUCAGGGUGAGAUUGUGACAAUAACGCCACAUCCUAAAUUCCGAAUGAUCAUGAUCUUCAACCCUCGUCAUGGUGAACUUUCUCGAGCCAUGAGAAAUCGAGGAAUCGAGAUUAGUUUUCUAUCAGACACCAAAUUCGACGUAACAGAUCAAGUCAUCAGCUCUGAUCGAGCUCAAUUCAUGUUUAAUUCGAAUUGGAGUCUUUGUUCAUCAAAAUCUACAGAGGCCGAAUCACCUAUCCGAUGGGCUGCGGAGUUAUUAAUUCAUCCACCAACCCAAUAUCCACUUCUUACACGAUUAUUAGAUCAUGUUUCGUCAGGUCAAGAAACUCAAGAAAAACUCAAAGGAGCCAUGUCACGUAUCUGUAUGCCUGAUUUGAGAAAUGCUAUCGAAUCAUUUGUCAAAGUGAAUAGGAUGUCUCAUAUGAUGGUAGGAAAGACAUUAGAUUUGGCUCUUACAGGGCAUUUCUAUCAAUCAAAUCAUACUCCGUUCAUGAUCGAAAUCUUGAGGCUUCUCCUCACAUUAGUACUGGCCACUUGUUGUCCGACUGUCUCAGUAUUACCCGAGGAGAUGUCGCGACCUGGUGUUCUUCAAGGCUCAUCGUCCAAGGCUUUGAAACAGACCAAUCACUGGAAAACACUUUUAGACCCUACCCUCCUUUCAACAUUUGUGGAUGCGGCCAACAGCUCAAUUAUCGAGAUGGCAACUCAUGUGCUUCGGGAAUCAACAAAGGAGGCAUGUAAUGAAGUGGCUCUCAUGGACAUCUGUCGAUCACUUCAUAACCUGCAGGUUGCCGUCAUGAAGCUUGCAGGUCUGAUGAGCACUGCGCCAGAUUAUGCUUCCUUUGGUUUUGCAUUUCAGGUCAUUGAUCGAACACUGAUCGAACUGAAAGAGACGUGCUCAAACUCAUUUGAUAGUAUCUCUAAUCUUCUCUCACCUCUUAAAUCGGAGUUUGAUAUCACUCGAUGGGAGGCAAUGGUACAACUGUGGAAUUGCUUUUGUCCUUAUUUUACUCCUGAAGCGGACUUAAUUGAACAAAUUCAUCAAUUAGAAGAAAUUGGUAUAAAUCACUUGCAUAAGACUAAACCUGAGUUACGAUCUUUGUAUUUUGAAGUAGUCGGAUCCUUGAAAAUCUCAUCUGAAAAGAGAGCUGAAUUUAUUACGAAUCUCAAAGAAGUUGGUGAUCGAUUGCAAAAACAAAUCACUUGUGAUGAGAUCAGUGAGGAAAGUUCUUGCCAACCUGCGGUAUACGAUCUUGAACGUGCUAUUGAACAAACUGUUGGUACUAUUGGGGUACUUUCACAUACUAGCGGGUCUUCAUCUCAUCAGCGCUGGGACGCAAGUUUUUCUCAGCUCUUAGCUGGGUGCAAAGCUAUUUCUAGUGAACUUGGGGUGUUACUCUACAGUCAACAUUAUCUGAGCAAUGAAGGGAAAAAUAACGAUGAAGUGCAGAUGGAGAUCGACAUCGAAGUAUUGAGGUCUCUGACAAUGGUAGAGCCUGUUCAGAAAACACAACUUCUUUUUGAACCUUUCAACCUUGUAGCACAGUUGGACGGUGCUGCUAUUUUACGCUCUAUGUCUAGAUUGACCAGAUUGGUGGGAUUCGCCACAACGCUUGAAGAUCAUGAGAGGAUGACGACAAUGCUCAAGCAUGUCUCUCAACUCGUUUCAUCUAAUGCCACUCGUCUAGCCGUGGAUAGAUCUCAAUCUUUCCUUCAAAUAAUGGAUCGUGUGCUGAUUCGCAUGAAUAAAUCUAUUGCAAAAUGUCGACAAAUUGAUGUGACUAGACCUCUGCUAUUAACGAGUUCAGACUUUGAUAAUUCUCCACUCCUUGCCAGUGCUCUCGAUCGCGCCCUCCAGUUUUGGCAAAUCUAUGUGCCCGAAAUACCCAUAGAUCCCUUGUCGGUCAGCACAGCGGAACACACGUAUCUUUCAUCCUGGCUGGCACGUAUGCAAGAACUUCGGGAACUGUUGACUGUAUAUGAACAGUCUCAGACAGGCUAUCAUGACAACACGCGAAUUCAGAUCUUGAAUAUCGAUAUUUCAACGGCUCAGGCCACCUUGAACACUCUUCCUAAACCAGCAGUGCAACGGACACCAGACUCAUUCACCUUGAUUGCAAUCUUUUCAGAGUUGAAAGCCUUUGAGACUCAAUUCCUAGCCGGUGAACGAAUUCCCAACCUCGUGAAAGAGAUUCUGAGUGCUACUACGCAAGAGCAUCUACGUACACUACAAUCACGACUCGAAACUUUCUCGAUCUCCGCGACUGGCCUACUCACCAGGUUGACCAAUCGAUUUCCUUCGUUCACUGAUAUUUUGCGACCUGUUCAAACCAUCCUGAAUAUUAUGAUCAUCAGCUUGCUCAUGAAGCUUCGAGAAGUCACUAUCGCAUUCUUCAAGGAGUCUCUUGAACCUCUCGAAGAUUUUAUAACUCGACUAUUGUCGUCAAGCUGUACAAUCGCAAGUGCCAAUAUGCGUUCUGUGUCUUGUGACCCGAAGAUGGACGAUAUUUUGAAACAGGAGACUAGUGCAUCACAUGUGCCAAUCUUGCGCGUCGCCGCGGUUGCUUGUCAGGACAAUGAGAUCUUCAGCGCAUCGGAACUCAAACUUCUCAUCUCGGCUUACGAUUCUAUCUGGAAAUUGUGGUCAAUGGAUCGCGCCAAGGAAGCACGUGAGGCUGAAGAACGAGCACAAGAGUUUAAAUUUCGACGACAAGAUGUGGUUGUGCUUUCCGAUGAAGUGAUCGAAGCGGAAGAGUUACAAACAUUGUUCCCGACUUACGAAGAUACUGAUGCAACAUCGACAGUCGAAGUGGAAUCUUCCACUGUACAUCAUACGGUCAGCCCGAUCCAAGUGGAUAUACUCUGUCAAAUGCACAUUUCGAUCAACCGGACGAGCGACGGGGAAUCUUACAGGAUGAAAUGGUUUGAGCAACUUCGAAAAGACCUAGCGAUCGAGAUAGCUGAGAAACAUGGUCACCUACUCGCCAGUUGUGUUGAUAAGACAUCUUUAGCGUUCCAGGUUGAUCAUAUCAACCGACUUCAAGCUUUCAGUGGAGCAGGUCCCGUUUCAAACUCACUUCAUGAUUUUUAUCAAGAUAGUAACGUUCCAGAAGCCAUGCGAAUCUUUGUUCCGUUGAAGUCGCUGGAUUCAAGAGUCAAAGAGUUGUUUGAACAAUGGCCUGAAAUGAUUGCAUUGGACGAGAUACAACAGCGAUGUCAACAAAUCUCACGACUGUCGUACAAGAGUCCCUUGGCCAAGAUUCUUCCGUUUGUGGAGACUUUGAUUGAACAAAUCGAGAAUUGGGAAAAGUAUAGCUGCCGAGAGAACUCAUUAUCUUCUUAUCAAGCCGUUUUUGCCGAUUUUGUAGUCUCCUGGCGUAGAUUGGAACUUUCUUCGUGGGCUGGUUUGAUCGAGCGAGAGAUGCGAACAUUUGACUCGGCGACGAACGUUUGGUGGUUUCGUCUAUAUGAAUUACUUUUCCGAGGGCUCUUAACCCAUCAAAUGAGUGAAGAUGUUGAAGACAACGUAACUCGAUAUUUUGCCGAUUCAGCUACUGUUUUGAAUGAAUUUAUGUCCGAAUGUAACUUGGGACAAUUCAAGCCUCGACUCACUCUCCUUCGUUCAUUCGCUUCGCUUUUAUCUUCGUACUCGAAACUUAUGAGUAGUGAAGAUUGGCAAAGGAUGUAUGACCUAAUUGAAGGUAUCAUUUUCUUCUACUCGCAUUAUGAGCUAGAAAUCGCCACCCAGAUCGAUCAAGCUAAGACUGUCGCUCGCAAGGAUAUCGAGGAUUACAUACGUCUCGCCAGUUGGAAGGAUGUCAAUGUUUUUGCUUUGAAACAAAGUAGCCACAAGAGUCAUCGACGACUUUAUAAAUCUGUUCAUAGACUACGAGCGGCGCUUCAGAGACCUGUGAAGGAUUCUCUCUCCACUUGGCACGUCAAAAAAGUAGUGUACUUAGAAUCUGAUCUUCCACCGAUCAUCAGCCAGUCUAUUCCGUUUACUCAAGAUGACGAGAUCUCCGACAUCGAAGGACUCGCCGCACCGCUACCAGCUCAUCUCAAACAACCAUCACUCGCACUCGACAGACUUAAAAAAUUGAUUGAACAGCGAUUGUUUUCAAACGUGCAGUCGGAAGUCCCCGCCGAAGAAAUAACAGAACUAGCCUCGCAUAUCAGAUUGGUGAUCAAGGAGCUCAGUGAAGAGGUUUUACCAAAAGGGGAUGCGAGAGAGAAAUAUGCAAAAAAUCUUGAUCUUCGUAAAAGGAAAGCAUUUGCACAUCUUUUGAAGCGAUUGAAGACGCUUGGAUUAGGAUCGUGUCCCACAGAUCGAGUUCUUCAAAGGCUCAAGGAUCCCGCUGUGAUUUUUGGACAACCUUUACUGGCGUCAAAAAGUCUACCAUGUAUGAUCAAGCUCUGUUCAGCAGUGGACGAAGGGCUUUAUGGACUUCUAGGUCAAAUGCCCAAGUUUCGACGAUUCCGAAGUGGACACCAUUCUGAUAUCAGUAAUUCAGAUAUCCAACGGCUCAUAGGAUCUGUUGAGAGUGGUCUAUCACUUAUCAUGAGUGACAGACAAGCCUUGUCAUCACUCUUGUUGGCUGUCUCAGAGUUGGACAAGACUUGUUUACGGAUGACAGAUUUGUUAGCUUCUGGUUCAAGUCAUUUCUCGGUUACAUCCUCUUCGCCCUCAGAUAUUGUGCUUUCACAUAUCAAGGUUGUCAACCUUUUUGUUUCUGCCCUUCGUGAAACAACUCAAUCUAUCAAAAUUCUCCGAAGCAACCAAAACGCUCAAGAAAUUCCUAUGGCUGUCACAAAUCUACUGGACGAGUUGACCAUAUCUGCGUCUUGCGAAAUCAACAAUCUAGAGACGUUAAUGCGAUCGGCGAACUCACAUAUGUUGCUGUUCAAGCCUGAUGAAGUAGAGCUACUCGAGCGCGUGCCUGUUGGUUUAACAAGGAUUGUAGAUCGUCUUCGUGCUUCGAUCAUGGAAGCUCCGGUAUUAUCAUACUUACUCUCACCUCUAGUAGAAGACUUGUCUCGGCAGCUUUUGAGUCUAUCAAACCACUUUUCUCAACCAACCGAAGAACAACAUACCGUAUGGGAGGCACAUCGUAGCUUCGUUCACUCGGUCCUCUUAGUGGCUCAACAGUUGAUGGCGCGAGAUCCAAAGACUGAAGACGCCGAGCCUUCAGGAAAAUUGAGAAUUGGUGAAAUCCGAAAAGGUCAUUUCAAUCUCUCAGGCUUUACAGCAAGAUGCCAUAUCACAGAUGUUAUCGAUAAACUUCGUGGAUUCAAUCAAGCUUUAUCAAGUUCAUAUCCACAAAAGCUCGGGACUCGAUUGCUUUCCACCGUUGCUGGUUUCACCCAGCAGUAUCUGAACUUGUUGGCGAACCAUGUCAAAUAUUGUCUACAAUGGCAUCAAGCAGAACUUGACUUACUGCAAACGGUGGUCAAUAUUGGAAUCAAUAUUGGUGAGAAUGGUUUUUGUAAACCUGACUUGAGUGAGGGAGAAGAAGAAGGUGCCCCCAAUGGACCUUCAGCUGAUGGGACAGGCCUGGGUGGUGGUCAAGGUGGAAAAGAUGUGAGUGAUGAGAUCGAGUCGGAUGAACAAAUGGAAGGACUUCAGAAUGAUACCGAUGAACAAGAUCCUAAUAAAGAAGAAGGAAAAGAUAAAGAAGAUCGAGGUGUUGAGACUCAGCUUGAAUUUGAUGCUCCUUUAGAGGAUGUGGAAGAAGGAGAUGAAGAGGACGGUUCGGAUGAUGAAACGGACGAGAAAGAUGAAGAGGAGGGUGACGAGAUUGAAGAUGGGGUUGGGGAAGUAGACCCACUUGAUUCAGGAGCGGUAGAUGAAAAAUUUUGGGAAGGUGAAGAUGAUGAUGAAAAAGAAUCGAAGGAAGAAAAAGAAGCUGAAAUGAACGCAAAACAGAAUCAAACUGCUCCGGAAGAUUCAACACUCGCUGCCAAAGAUAACCAAAAAGCUGGUGAACAAAACACUGAAGAAAAAAAAGAAGAGAAUGAACAUGACAAGGAUGGUGAAGAAGGAGAACCGAAUACUGAUGAGGUAGAUGAGAACUUAGAAAAGGAAGAUGAUGAAAACGCAGACCAAUCUCAAUCUGAAGAUGAAAUGGAUCAAGGAGAAGAAGACCCGUCUAAGACCAAUCCGGUACCUAUGAUGGACCAUGUAGAUAAUUCGGAAACUCUAGAACUUCCUGAUGAUUUGAACUUGGAUGACACAAAAUCUGAGAAUGAUGAAAAAGUGGAUGAUGAUGUGGAAGACGAAGGGAUGGAACUUGAUGAGCCUGAUGAAGAACCAAUGCCCGGGCAGACUGGGAACGAUGAGCCAGAUGAUCAGUCUGGUGAAGUCGAGCAUUCUGAGCCAGCAGCCCCCUUAGAUGCGACCGUUCCGGAGACAGAUCCAGCAAAUGCAUUGGACUGUGGAGAUGAAUCGGGUGCUGGGACAGGUGGUGGCGGCACCAGUCAUGCACCGCCUGAGGCUGCAACUGAGCCGCAGAGUAAACCUACACAGGAUAAAUCAAAGCCGGAAGAAGAUUCCCAGGACGAAGCUAUGUCUACUGAAAAAAUCCCAGAUGGUGAGCCUCAGAAUGAGUCUGCUGAAACCAACGAUCAGUCGGCGGCAGAUGAAAUCGGAACUGGUGAAUCGGGAACUCAACCUAUGCCUAAGACUUUGGAUUCCAAAUCAAACGAAGCAACACCUGAGGAGCAACAAUCAGAUCCAAAUCCUUUGCGACAACUUGGAGAUGCUAUGGAAAACUGGAUGCGUAGACUUCAGCACAUUCAAGACAAUGACUCUACAGAGCAAACCGACGACUCUAAGAUGAAGGCCUGUGACGAAGCAAUGGAGCUCGAAUAUCUUCAGGCAGAUUCGGCCGAAUCCGUGGAUCAGCAAGCACCUGGUCCGGCAACUCAAGAUCAAGCACAGGAAGCGUUGAAUCAACUUCAUAUCGAUGAGGUGCCUAACGAAAGCGAGAUCAUGCGCGUCGAGGAUGAACAACGAAUGCCUCCUUCCGUCGAUUUUAUGCAGCUUCCUGAGACUAACGCAUUGCAUGAGCUUGUUGAGCCUGCUCUGUCUGGCCCCACAGGUGGUACUCAAAAGCGCACAGACGAAGGGUUUGAACUGAUGGAUGAAGGUGGUACGGAAGAUCAGCCCAUGGCAUUGAAUGAAGAUGACGACAAAUCUAUGGACGACCAAGAACCAGGACCCCGUGAAGAAGAGGAAGUCAUAGAAUCCGGUACAUCAGCUCUUGACAUAUGGCGUCAAUAUGAACAAAUCACUCGGAAGCCAGCCUCACAACUUACUGAACAACUUCGUCUGAUCUUGGAGCCUACAACAGCCACUCGCCUGCAGGGAGAUUAUCGGACUGGAAAGCGCCUCAACAUGAGGAAGUUGGUACCAUACUUGGCCUCAGACUAUACCAAAGAUCGCAUCUGGUUACGUAGAACCAAACCUGCCCAGCGUGAUUACCAGAUCUUGGUUGCGGUAGAUGACUCUCGAUCGAUGGCUGACUCUAGGUCAGCUCACCUCGCAUUGCAGACAGUGGCCCUCGUCACUGGAGCUCUUGCUAAACUAGAAGUUGGAGAAGUUGCUAUAGCACGUUUUGGCGGUACCUUCAACAUAAUACAACCGUUCGGUUCAGGAGGAUCUCGUCAAAAUCACGGAACAAAUAUCAUCAAAGGUUUUACAUUUGCUCAACAAAAGACGGAUGUUCGAUUAGCAGUUGAACGAGCCAUGAAUAUGUUUGAAACUGCUCGUAAUCAAGGACCUAGUACAGUAGAUGAGAUUUGGCAAUUAGGAAUCAUUGUUUCUGAUGGGAUAUGUCAAGAUCAUGAUCAAGUUCGAGCACUCUUAAGACAAGCAACUGAAAAGAAAAUCAUGUUUGUAUUUGUGAUCUUAGAUUCAUUACAUCAACAUGGUGAAAAUGAAGGUGAAAAUCAACAAACCUCUGUACCUGGAGCUUCUUCAAUUAUGUCUAUGAAUACAGUUUCAUAUGCACUGGGUCCUGACGGUAAAAUGGAACUUCAAAUGGAACGUUAUCUUGACACGUUCCCCUUUGAUUAUUAUAUCAUAUUGCGUGAUGUCGAAGCUUUACCACAUGUGUUGAGUGGCACACUAAGACAGUUUUUUGAAAAGGUCACGAGCCUUUGA